ACAUAGUGUGCAUGGACCGUGUGGAGGAGAUCCUCAAGCUGGUGGCUACAGAGCACCCUCCUUCCAGGGACAACAAGUGGGUGGUCCAGAAGUACAUCGAGACACCAAUGCUCAUCUACAACACCAAGUUUGACAUCAGGCAGUGGUUCCUCGUCACGGACUGGAACGCCCUGACCAUCUGCUUCUACAAGGAGAGUUACCUGCAGUUCUCAACACAGCGCUUCUCCCUGGACAAUCUGGACAGCGCCAUCCACUUGUGCAACAACGCCAUCCAGAAGCACCCGAAGAAUGACGCGGGCCGCAGCCCUCUGCUGCCAGCACACAACAUGUGGACCAGCGUCAGGUUCCAGGAGUACCUGCAGCACCAGGGCCACGGCGCCACGUGGGGCAGCGUCAUCUACCCGUCCAUAAAGGUGCCCAUCACCCACAUCAUGAUGGUGGCGCGACACGUGGAGCCUCGUAAGAACAACUUUGAGCUCUACGUGGCUGACUUCGUGCUCGGGAGGGACUUCAGGCCCUGGCUGAUCGAGAUCAACUCCAGCCCCACCAUGCACCCGUCCACGCCCAUCACGGCCCAGCUGUGUGCAAAGGUGCAAGAGGAUGCCAUCAAGGUGGCCGUGGACGGCAGCUGUGACAUCGGCAACUCCGAUCUCCUGUGGAGGCAGCCUGUGGUCAAGCUGCCCCUAUUCAGUGGGUCUGACCUCUGUGUGGCGGGCAUUGGUAUGAGGAGGGUAAGAAGGCAGGUGCUGCCCGUCUGCAACCUCAAGGCCUCAGCCUCACUGUGGGAUGCACAGCUGCUGAAGGCACAGUGCCCCCUCCCCAUGCUGGACCCCACCCAGGGACCCAUACAACUGGCUCUCCAGCGAGACCUGGGACUCCCUCUGGCCUUGCCGGCACCCCUAAAAAGGCCAGCUGAGAGCAGCAGAGCCACACAGCCCACCCACACCAAGGCUUCCAGGAAGGUGGAGCUCCCUGCCUGCCUUUGCCGCCAUGUGGACAGUCAGGCCCUGAACACCUGUGACCCCAAAGCCCAGCCUACCAGAUACUCAGAUCCAAACCUGUUUAAUGUGCACCCCUGGCGCCUGUGCUGCAGGGCCUGA